AAGUAAACAAACUGCCUAGUCUUUUGAGGCGAGUUUACGUGAUUGGAUUAUACAUUAUUAUUAUUUUUUUCAUUCCCAAGGUUCUUGUAGUUUUGACGUUAAGGCACGAGCGCGUUUAAACCAAACCAAACCUUUAUGAUGUCUAACUCCUAACUUGUGCUCAAGACCUGAAGCACGUGUGAUACUAGUGAUUUUGGGAGGAAUUUGACUUUUGUUCAGCCAAGUAGUCACUUGUGACUGAGGAGGAAAAAACUGAAGCAGCUGAUAACGUUGAAGAUGUUGUGCUACGUAAUCAUCUCCAUACUUCUCACGAUGGCUGUAAAAGUCCGAGCCCAAUGUGACACACCUGUUGUUGGAGGAAACCGGAUUAUGACUGAAGGAUUACAACAAGGGCCUUUUCCUGAAGGAUCCACUAUAAAGUUCAAAUGUUCCACCGGUUAUGUUCCUGAGCGACGAGCUUCCAGCUCAAUCACCUGCAUGGGAACCCAGUGGAGUGAACUCGAACUUCAGUGCAGAAAAAAGAGCUGUGGGAAUCCUGGUGAGAUAACCAAUGGAAAGUACCUGUAUCAACCUACAGACGCAGUUUUGUUUGGAGCGGUCGUCACAGCAGUGUGUAAUAAAGGUUACCAGCUUGUUGGAUAUGAAAUUAGAAAUUGCAGAGAAACUGGUUGGGAUGGAAGACCUCCUCUAUGUGAAGCGGUGAAGUGUCAAGCGCCUCCUGAUGUAACAGAUGGAACGUUUGAACCAGCCGAAGAAUUUUAUGCCUAUGGAGACGGAGUCACAUACUCUUGUAAAAGAGGUCUUAAUCUUAUUGGAUCUUCAACAAUAAUAUGCUCAGAUAAGGGACAUUUUCGGCCUGAUCCUCCUCAGUGUCUGCUUGUGACCUGUGAGAGACCCGAAAUCCUAAACGCAGUUAGAAUUGAAGGAAAAUCACCACCUUAUAAAUACAGUGAGUUUGUUCGCUACCAGUGUAAUAAAGGCUACAAAAUGGAAGGAUCUGAUCGCAUGAUCUGUACAGAGAAAGGCUGGGAUCCACCUCCUCCUCAGUGCACCGCGGUGAAGUGUCAAACGCCUCCUGCUGUAACAGAUGGAACGUUUGAACCAGUCAAAGAAUUUUAUUCCUAUGAAGAUGAAGUCACAUACUCUUGUAAAAGAGGUCUUAAUCUUAUUGGAUCUUCAGUAUUAACAUGCUCAGAUGAGGGACAUUUUCGGCCUGAUCCUCCUCAGUGUCUGCUUAUGACCUGUGAGACACCCGAAAUCCUAAACGCAUUUAGAAUUGAAGGAAAAUCGCCACCUUAUAAAUACAGAGACUUUGUUCGCUACCGGUGUAAUGAAGGCUACAAAAUGGAAGGAUCUGAUCGCAUGAUCUGUACAGAGAAAGGCUGGGAUCCACCUCCUCCUCAGUGCACCGCGGUGAAGUGUCAAACGCCUCCUGCUGUAACAGAUGGAACGUUUGAACCAGUCAAAGAAUUUUAUUCCUAUGAAGAUGAAGUCACAUACUCUUGUAAAAGAGGUCUUAAUCUUAUUGGAUCUUCAGUAUUAACAUGCUCAGAUGAGGGACAUUUUCGGCCUGAUCCUCCUCAGUGUCUGCUUAUGACCUGUGAGACACCCGAAAUCCUAAACGCAUUUAGAAUUGAAGGAAAAUCGCCACCUUAUAAAUACAGAGACUUUGUUCGCUACCGGUGUAAUGAAGGCUACAAAAUGGAAGGAUCUGAUCGCAUGAUCUGUACAGAGAAAGGCUGGGAUCCACCUCCUCCUCAGUGCACCGUGGUGAAGUGUAAACCGCCUCCUGCUGUAACAGAUGGAACGUUUAAUCCAGACAAAGAACAAUAUACCUAUGGAGAUGAAGUCACAUACUCUUGUAAAAGAGGUCUUAAUCUUGUUGGAUCUUCAGUAUUAACAUGCUCAGAUAAGGGACAUUUUCAGCCUGAUCCUCCUCAGUGUCUGCACACAACCUGUGAUGCACCCCACAUUAUUAAUGGAUUUAUAAUCGGGGACGAGUCAACAUUUUACAGAUAUAAGUCAUCAGUCCGGGUCGAGUGUUACAGCUUUUACAAGAUGGAAGGGUCUGAUAUCCUGACCUGUGAGGAAAACGGAUGGAAUCCACCUUCUCCCAAGUGCUAUUUCAAUUUGGUUUGGAUUAGUGCAGUUAUAAUAGUAGCACUGAUUUUUCUAGUUCUUUGCAUUGUCUACUGCUACAUGAAAUUCAGAAAACCUAGUGAAUAUAAAGACUGCCCCAAACCUGAAAACUGUUCUCUGGUCACUAUAAACCCUAGAGUUCCUCCAACAGAGGAAACCUUGAAGAAAAACUCCUACUGACUCACAUUCCAGACUCUCUCUGGCUACGUAAACGUUUGGAGACUUUUUCUUUUGCAGCGCUGUGAGAUUUAUCGCUUUAGGUUAUUGAAUAGCCUUAGCAUGUAUCUACAAGGGAAACUAAGCUCUCUGCUUUCCAAAGCAAAAUGUCUGCUAUAUUUGUACAACUACCACAGCUCAAUUAGGAAUGAAUGUUUUUUUGUUAUGGUGUGCUAAAUAUUGUGUAACAUGAAGAAUCAGUUUUCGGUGCAGGUAGCAACACAAAAUUGUAAGUUCACAGACUGAAGUGAAUGAAAAAUAUCAACGAUUAGCUGUUACUUUGCAAUAGAAUGUUCUAUAAGUUACACAUUUUAUUUUGGAGAAAAAAUAUUUCUUACUUUAAUUAUUAAGAGCAGCAGAAUUUAUGUUCAUACUGUAAUACGUUAUACGGCCCUACUGAUAGAUAUUAGCGGAUGUUUUUAAGUCGAAAUAAGUGAAUUACUCCCCAUAAUGGGAAAGGAAAAUAUUACAGCAUUUCAUUUGUAAGGAAUGAAUCACACCAGUCUUCUGUAAUAGGAAAAUAAUUAAUCAUAUGUUAUUCUCCCCAAAGAUUAUUUUCAUGUUUUAAUCCUUUUCAACAAUAGAAUUUGACUAAGUUUAAUUUUUAUUUAAUUUUUAUUUAUUAAAAAAUGUUUCAAGAAGAAACAUAGUCCUGAAUCAUGUCCUGAACACUUUAUGAACACGUGUUUUGUUAAGCAAACCGUUUUUUUUGGCUGUUUAAUCAUUUGCCAUUACACUUUCAUUUUUUGCAGCAUUCACCAUAUAUGUCUAUGUGAAGUCAGUCAGUAUAAAAAAGUGCACUAAUAGAAAAUUGGAUUAUGAUUGAAUCAGGGAAACAUACUUUUCCUCAUGGCUCCAUUGUAAUAUAAUGUAUUACAAAUGUUCCAUCGGUUAUGUGCCUGUGAAAGCUUCAUCUUCCAGGUCAGUCUUCUGCGUCAGAACCCAAUGGAAUGAACUUGAACUCCAGUGCAAACGUAACUGGUCUAUAAACAUCUUUUUAGGUUGAGCUUCAUUUUCUGUAUUUUUCAAAUAUCUGAGCAAGUCAAAAGUAGGAACAAAUGUAAAAAUCAAUGUCUUUUUUUUUUUUUUGCACAGAAAUCACAGCACAGUGUAAUAAAGUGUUUAAA